UGGUAUUGUAGAUAGCUGUAUCAUGUAAUGAAUCCUUGUGUGGUAUAAAAUUUGUUCUUCCACCAUUGUAAGUAAGGAGCAAUCUUCCUGUAUGUUAGUGAGCUGUAAGAAGGGAAUGAGAAUGAGGGUAAUGCACUUGGAGAAAAAAGCUGGAAAAAGAUGGAAGACACACAAACAAAAUUUUGUUUGGGCUUACUUUCAAUCCUCUAUUUGAAAGCUUUUAUCACUUGGUAAUUUGGGAACAGCUUUCCAGCUGGUACAGGCUUGAAUUCUUAUGUUUUAUAAGUGUGUGUGCGCACAUUUUUUUAUGGAGCUGAAAAUUUAGUGCAUACCUGGCUUCUAUUGAUAUCUGAAAUCCACAACUGUGCUUUAUUUCCUCACCUUCCUUCCUGCAGGAUGGUCCGCACGCUGUAUGCCAUCGGUGCCCUGUUUCUCCUGAUGGGGUUUCUGCUGCCAGCGGCCGAAGGGAGAAAGCGGAAUCGUGGAUCUCAGGGCGCUAUCCCUCCUCCUGUCAAGGAUCAGCCCAAUGAUUCGGAGCAGAUGCAGACACAGCAGCAGUCAGGCUCCAGGCACCGGGAGCGAGGGAAGGGCACCUCGAUGCCUGCCGAGGAGGUGCUGGAGUCCAGCCAGGAGGCGCUGCACAUCACCGAGCGCAAGUACCUGAAGCGGGACUGGUGCAAAACCCAGCCCCUCAAACAAACUAUCCACGAGGAGGGCUGCAACAGCCGCACCAUCAUCAACAGGUUCUGCUAUGGCCAGUGCAAUUCCUUCUACAUCCCCAGGCACGUCCGUAAAGAGGAAGGCUCCUUCCAGUCUUGUUCCUUCUGCAAGCCCAAGAAAUUCACCACUAUGACUGUUACACUCAAUUGCCCCGAGCUUCAGCCCCCAAGGAAGAAAAAAAGAAUCACCCGGGUUAAGGAGUGCCGGUGUAUAUCUAUUGACUUGGACUAAGUGGAGAAAAAGUAGCAAUUGCACUCUGACUGUAUGCAAUCACCGCCGUUGUGAGAGUGAGUGGCAUGAACUAGCCUACCUUCAAGGCUGGGCAAAACUGAAAGGGACCUAGUGAAUUACCUAAAACAAGAAAAAACCCCCAAAAAGAAAGGAAAAAUUAAUGUAAGGAAAGGGCAUGCAUGUGUGUGUGUGUAAGGGAGAAAAUGGAGAUAUGGAUGAGCAAAUGCAUGAAUAUUCACUACAAAAAAAAAAAAAAAAAAA